AUGUGGCGGACGCUGGCCCUCGCCUCCGCCUUCUUCCCGGGGCUCUUCAUCCUCUGCAUCCGGUUACUGCGCUGGGCCGCCCCGGGAUGGAGCCUCAAGGACCGCAUCCUCCUCAGCGGCAGGCUGGUGUCAACGGUCCAAGCCACGAUGGCAACGGUGUCGGGGAUCACGGUUGUCCUUAGCUGCAAGAACGUGGUGCAUGACAGGCACUGGCUGGCUGUGGAGUACAUCUGGGUCCUGGUUCCCUACAUGACCUAUGACAUCUAUGUCAUGUACCUCUGCCACUGGCACAAGAGCCAGGAGAAGGGGAUCCUGGAGAAGAAGCACUCACUGGCCAGCGUGUGGAGCUUCCUCCUGCAGGAGAGGCUGAUGGUGACCCACCACCUCUUCAUCCUCAUUGUGCUCACCCCCAUCACCCAGCAUUUCAGAGGAGAGCUGGGGGACUUCUUCGUGGGCUGCAUCUUCACAGCAGAGCUGAGCACGCCCUUUGUAUCACUAGGCAAAAUCCUCAUGCAGCUCAAAAUGCAGGACACGCUCCUGCACAAGGUGAACGGGAUCCUCGUCCUGGUGACCUUCUUCCUGUGCCGCAUCCUCCUCUUCCCCUUCAUGUACGCGGCCUACGCCCGCCAGGUGGGGAUCCCGGUUUACCUGGUGCCGUUCCGCAUCCCCCUGCACUGCAACAUCGCCAACGCCUCGCUCAUCGCCCCCCAGCUCUACUGGUUCAGGCUCAUCUGCCGCAAGGCCGCCCGGCUCUACGGCGGCUCUCCCGCCCACCGGAGCAGAUAACGGAGCCGAUAACGGCCCGGGGCUGGCACAGGGGCAGCCCCGGCUCUUCCCUCGGGGAGCAGCGGUUCCGCUAGCUGCAGCCUCCAGUCUCCA